AUGGAUGUUACCUUUAUUGAAGAUGAAAUGUUCUUCUCUGAUACACCCGAGCAUGUCCUUCAGGAGGAGACUAGUAAACCGACUGAACUUGCUGAACCUGCUACAGAGGCCGAACCUGCUACACUAGUUGAACCUGCUAUUUUAACUGAUGUCACUAUUGUCACUGAACCAAUUGUCCCCCAUGAAGCUUCUCUAAUAGUACCUGAUCAAGCUCCCAUAGAUAUUCCUGAGGUAAGUGCUUCUAUUCAUACUUAUGAUAAUUAUUAUGUUUUACCGCUUAGAUGGAACCGUGGGGUUCCACCUGAUCGUUACUUACCAAAAGGCAAAGCGAGAUAUGCUAUUGCCCAUUAUGUGUCUGAUCACAGGUUAUCUCAUGAGUGCAAAACGUUUGUGACCAGAAUGGAUAAUAUUAAAAUUUCAACUCGUGUUGAAGAGGCAUUUAAUGAUCCAAAGUGGGCUGAAGCCAUGAAUAUUGAAAUGGAGGCGUUGCAAAAAAAUAAUACAUGGGACAUUGUUGAUCUACCAAAGGGAACGAAGCUUAUAGGAUGCAGAUGGGUGUUUACAGUUAAAUAUACUGCAUAUCGUACUGUGGAGAGGUACAAGGCAAGAUUAGUAGCUAAAUGGUUCACUCAGACAUAUGGAGUUGAUUGUCAUGAUACUUUUGAACUUGUGACUAAAAUGAAUACUAUCAGAGUUUUGUUGUCCUUAACAGUAAACUUGGAUUGGACCCUGAGGCAAUUUGAUGUAAAAAAUGCAUUCUUACAUGGUGAACUAGAAGUUGAAGUGUACAUGAGUCUUCCACCAGGGUAUAGGGUUACCGAUGAAAUGGGGAACGUGUGCAAAUUGAAAAAGGCAUUGUACAGGUUAAAGCAGUCUCCUCGAGCAUGGUUUGGCAGAUUUACCACAGCUAUGAAGAAGUUUGGUUACCAACAAGCCAAUACUGAUCAUACUAUAUUCAUUAAACAUAGGGCUGGUAAGGUCCCAACUAACAGAGAAAGAUACCAAAAGUUGGUUUGGAGAUUGAUUUAUUUAUUAUUGACACGCCCUGAUAUUGCCUAUGUUGUAAGCGUUGCUAGCCAAUUUAUGCAUUCACCUAGUGAGGAUCAUAUGACUGCUGUGAUGCAUAUUCUGAGUUACUUAAAGUCUACUCCUGGGAGAGGUUACACUGACAUAGAUUAUGCAGGGAAUAUUACAUAUAGACGUUCUACAUCAAGUUACUUGACCUUUGUUGGUGAUAACCUAGUUACAUGGCGUAGCAAGAAGCAAAAAGUUGUGUCUCGGUCCUCCGCAGAGUCUAAGUACAGAGGGAUUGCCUAA